AGUCCGGGUCCCUCCCAGACGGGAGCAGCACAGGCGGUGCCCCGCGACCGAGGAGCCAUGGACGGCAGCGGCCCCUUCAGCUGCCCCAUCUGCCUGGAGUCGCUCCGGGAGCCAGUGACGCUGCCCUGCGGCCACAACUUCUGCCUCGCCUGCCUGGGCGCGCUUUGGCCGCACCGCGGCGCGGGUGGCGCCGGCGGGCCGGGAGGCACGGCCCGCUGCCCGCUGUGCCAGGAGCCCUUCCCCGACGGCCUGCAGCUCCGCAAGAACCACACGCUGUCUGAGCUGCUGCAGCUCCGCCAGGGCUCCGGCCCGGGGCCCGGCCCCGGCCCGGCCCGGGCCCCCGAGCCGGUGGCGCCCAGUGCGCCGCCCAGUGCGCCGCCCAGCGCCCCGGAGCCGUCGGCUCCCUGCGCGCCGGAGCCGUGGCCGGCGGGCGAAGAGCCGGUGCGCUGCGACGCGUGCCCCGAGGGCGCCGCCCUACCCGCCGCGCUCUCCUGCCUCUCCUGCUUCGCCUCCUUCUGCCCCGCGCACCUAGGCCCGCACGAGCGCAGCCCCGCGCUGCGCGGACACCGCCUGGUGCCGCCGCUGCGCCGCCUGGAGGAGAGCCUGUGCCCGCGCCACCUGCGGCCGCUCGAGCGCUACUGCCGCGCGGAGCGAGUGUGCCUGUGUGAGGCCUGUGCCGCUCAGGAGCACCGGGGCCACGAACUCGUGUCGCUGGAGCAGGAGCGCGCGCUCCAGGAGGCCUGGGCUAGGGGCACAGACUCUUUGGGGACAAUGAUGCCCGGGACAGCUGAAUGCCAUCUUGUGCAGCGCCUCCUCCUCACUCUCUUUCUCUGCCUCUUCCCCACUGAAGGAAGUUCUCAAAUGAAUGCCGAGCAGCCCAAAGUCCUGAGCGCUGUGGAGGACCGCAUGGACGAGCUGGGCGCGGGCAUCGCACAGUCCCGGCGCACGGUGGCCCUCAUCAAGAGUGCAGCCGUGGCAGAGCGGGAAAGGGUGAGCCGGCUGUUUGCCGAGGCUGCAGCCGUCCUGCAGGGGUUUCAGGCAGAGGUGCUGUCCUUCAUCGACGAGGGGGAGGCGACCAUGCUGGGCCGCUCCCAGGGCGACCUGCGGCGGCAGGAGGGACAGCGCAGCCGGCUCAGCCGGGCCCGCCGCAACCUCGGUCAGGUCCCUGAAGCCGACUCGGUCAGCUUCCUGCAGCUCCUGGAGCUCAGGCUGGCCCUGGAGGAGGGGUGCGGCCCUGGGCCCGGGCCCCCAAGGGAGCUCAGCUUCACCAAGUCAUCCCAGGCCGUGCAGGUGGUACGAGAUGGCCUGGCUUCAGCCUGCACCAGCCAGUGGGAGCAGCUGCAGGGGCUGGGCAGCGACGAGGAUGAGCUGCAGAAGCUAGGCACGGAAGUGGAUGCUGAGUCCCAGGACCCCGAAAGCGCCAACAGCCUGGAGAGUGAGGCUCCCAGGGAUUACUUCCUCAAGUUUGCGUACAUCGUGGACCUGGACAGCGACACGGCAGACAAGUUCCUGCAGCUGUUUGGAACCAAGGGUGUGAAGAGGGUGCUGUGUCCCAUCAACUACCCAGAGUCGCCCACCCGCUUCACCCACUGUGAGCAGGUGCUGGGCGAGGGCGCCCUGGACCGGGGCACCUACUACUGGGAGGUAGAGAUCAUUGAGGGCUGGGUCAGCGUGGGAGUCAUGGCUGAAGACUUCUCCCCGCAAGAGCCCUACGACCGGGGCCGGCUUGGACGCAAUGCUCACUCCUGCUGCCUGCAGUGGAACGGACGCAGCUUCUCCGUCUGGUUCCACGGGCUGGAGUUGCUCCUGCCCCACCCCUUCUCGCCCACUGUCGGGAUCUGCCUGGAAUAUGCUGACCGAACCCUGGCCUUCUAUGCCGUGCGGGAUGGCAAGAUGAGCCUUCUGCGGAGACUGAAGACCUCCCGGGCCCGCCGGAGUGGCACCCCAGCCUCCCCGGUUGACCCCUUCCAGAGCCGCCUGGACAGCCACUUUGCGGGGCUCUUCACACACAGGCUCAAGCCCGCCUUCUUCCUGGAGAGCGUGGAUGCCCACCUGCAGAUCGGGCCCCUCAAGAAGUCCUGCAUAUCCGUGCUGAAGAGGAGGUGAUGCAGGGGGCACGGGGCCUCCUCCCGCUGCUGUCCCAGCUCCUGGGAAGCUUGCUUCUCUGCACCCCUGCUUUGCCCCAGGGAAGACACCAGCCUUGGAGUCCCAAACAUUCCCCAGGCUUCUCAUUUCUAGAGGCCUCCACCUUCCAUAUACAAGGCCUUCCACCUCUCAGGGACGAGGCUCCCCAGGCCCUGUCCCCCUGCAGGCCUUGUUUCUGGGAGAAGGGUUACCCCGACCCCUCCUCUCCCAGGUUCUUGGGACAGUGCCUGGCACAUAGUAGGUGCUCAAUAAACAUUUGUCGAACGAAUGACUCCUUUUUCUACCCUUCUCUCCACCCACCAAGGAUUCCCAAUACUUCUCAUCUUUCAAGAGCAGGUCUUGAAAGGCAGGACAAGGGAACAAGCCCCUAGUCCCAGAUUCCUAUUGGGAGGGAGAACCCUGGCCCAGGAAGAGGAGGC